AUGCCCCUAUGCGGCCUGUACGUCCAGCCUGCCUUUGCUGCUGUACUGGCUGCUGCUGUGCCUGGUCCCUCUGUGCCUCCUCGUCGUCUCUGCCUCUCUAUGCUCUCCCCCACCCACCUGCCUCCUCCCAUCUCCUCUCCCCAACCCCAAACCCCGCAGCACCCUCGCCCUAUCCCCCCCUCCAUACCCUCCCCUCCUAACCCCUGCGCUCCCGCCGUCGUGUCCCCCGCCACCUCCUCUCUCCCUCUCUCCCCGAACCAGCCCGCACCCAAGGGCUGGCUUGGCCCCACUGACCCUCCUGCUGUCACCCCUGUUGACCUUCCUGCUGCUCCCCCUGCUGACCCUCUUGCUGGUGCUCUUGCUGUCCUCUCUCCUCUCCCAUAUUGGCCUGCCCCUCCUGCCCCUGCUGGCCCUCCUGCUGUCAUCGCUGCUGUUGCUGUCUCCUCUCCUCCUCCCACCCAGCCUGCCCCUGCUGACCCACACGCCGCUGCCCAUGCUGACCCCCCUGCUGCCGCCCUUGUUGACCCUGCUGACCUUCCUGGUGCUGCCGCUAUUGCCCUCUCUCCUCUCCCCUACAAACCUGCUACCGCCCAUCCUGCCACUCUCGGCCCUCCUGCCCACCAGCCCCUCGACCGAGCCCACCCUGCUGCUGCUGCUGUCCCCACGGUGCCCCUGACUGUGAAGAAGAAGAAGAAGAAGAAGAAGAAGAAGAAGAAGAAGAAGAAGAAGAAGAAGAAGAAGAAGAAGAAGAAGAAGAAGAAGAAGAAGAAGAAGAAGAAGAAGAAGAAGAAGAAGAAGAAGAAGAAGAAGAAGAAGAAGAAGAAGAAGAAGAAGAAGAAGCUCCAAGACGCGGCUCACUCCUGUGAUAAGAGAAUCAGGGGCAGCAGAGACACAAGAGUGCUAGGGGGGGAAGAGAGAGAGGAUGUCACGUGGGAGGCCCUCCACCGCCAUCCGCAAUGA